AUGGGAAUGCAAGGCCCCUUGACCGCCCAGGCGCUGGGUCGGUCUCCAUAUGACGAUGUUGUGGAAUGGGAUGGGGAUCAAGAUGAUGAACAAAACGACGGUUCAAGGCAACAACAGUACGACCACAGAGGUCGCCCCAUAAACCCCGAGACCAAAAGAAUCAACAGAGACAUAAUUCGUUCACAUAAUGAGGUUAUGCUCGUUAUUGGUGUUGCUGAACAGGAGAACCCGACGUCAAACCCAGAGGCCGAGUCGGAGCGUAGGCAUUCGCUUUAUGAGUAUGACGUGGGAAUGAAUCUCACCUUCUCGGCAAUGCGUUGUGUAGAUGCCGCCGGUGCGUUUGGUCUUGACGGCCUCCGACAGCGCAUCCUCAUCUACAAAAGAUACUCACACAUCGCCUUCUGGGACCUGUUUGCUCAAGCCCGUAAGGACUUUUCUUUCACGAGAGACAUCAUGCCUGGCGCGGCUACAAGCAUUCUCACCAACUAUACCGAUCGCAAACUUUUCUGGCUCUGGAGAGACCGUCCUGAUAGGAUGUUUGCUCGUCGCUUUCGCGGACUCCCCUAUUCCCGCUCCACCACCUCUCAAUGGCCUUUCAAUCCAGUCCGUCCUACAAUGGAUAGGGGGUGUAUGCAUCUCGGCAACGCCUUUCCUUCUCUGGGUAAUGACACAGAGACUGAUUCGGACAGAGACAGGGCGGACAACACCCAUAGUCGAAGCGCGACCAAUGAUGUUUCGCCUCUGCGGGCGGUAGAUGGACAGGUACCGAAUGACACUGGCCCCGUGGAGGCAGUGAGGCGACCGAGCACGUUUUCUAUGCGCGAUGAUUUCAGCGAUGAAGACGAGAAUGAAGGAGCCAAUGCUACGCUAAUCAGUUUUGAUGUGGAAGCAACUGAGGCCUCAUCUGAUGGACCGCAAGGACUAUGGAGUGCUGAAUUACGGCCUAGUGUCAACGAUGCUCGAGGGUUAAGCUCUCCUUCAUACGUUGACACAUUGCUUACCCAGCUCCCACCGCUUCUAGCAAACUACAUCUUCUCCGAAGCCGCCAUUCGAAUACUCACAGCGCCUUACGAGAGCAUGUCUCUUCGAUUGCUGGCCCGCACGUUUCGUCUUCGGCUUGGCCUGCCUUCCCAUGAUAUUUUCAAUGUCAAUCUUUUCAGUGGCCUCAACUCCACUCUCGUCAUCAACUUCUUGAGCAGCCAGUUCAUUCAUUUGGUGCUUUGCUCCGAACUGUGGGCUGGCUUCGCGACCGUAUCUGAACUGCUGCAUACAACGCCAGAGGAGUGGAGGGAGGCGGAAGAUCAGAAAGGGGAUGAAUGGCGAGAGGACUGA